AAUUGGUUCCAGACUCGACAGCGCUAAGUGCAUUUCCACAAAGUAGGGUUUCUUGUUUAUAAAUGGAAUAUUUUCAUAGAGCAUGGAAAGCCUGUUUAUGACCUUGUAAAUACGUUUUUUAACAUUAGAACCCCCUAGACAUGAAAUCACACCCCUAUAGCCACCUUUACACUCGUAUGACCUAAUAUAGUAGACAAAUUUAAGAAAAUAAGCCAUUUAAGACACAUGCUUGUGUGUUGCCAUAAUCUGUUAGGAGAGUUGAGUAGAGGGCAGGCGAGAAGUCAUGUCGGGGUUUGAACUUGACAUUGGGUAUGGCCGCAACAGUAGCCCAGGUUUUUAUUAGGGAUUAUUGUGACUGUUGUGAUAAUUCAAGUUUACCAUAAAAGCCUGUUGUUUGGUGAUUGUGUGUCUCACUGAACAUUACAGUAAUGUUACUGACACCUAGUGACCAGUGUAGAAUACUACAUAUCACAUCUUUGGAAUGCGCCUUCUGAAUGUCUAAAAUGUGUAUAUUAGCUCAUUCGUUCAUCUAUAUGCUUGAAAAUGCUUAAAUGAGGCAUAAAAUAUGUCCGAUGUCCUUAAAUAUGCAUAUUUUUGACUAAUACAGCAUGAUUUAUGCAUUUUGUUAAAAACCUAACAGAGUGAAGCUGCAACGUUCAAAUUACAAAGUGGCGGGGAAUUACUGUAUAAAACACCUCAUCUGCCAGACAAUGUAACCAGAGAAUUGUUUCCAACUUAGCGACUUUGUCGGCGUGUUUAGCACGUAAUCAGCCUCCUAUAGAUACUACGAUGAAAGAAACAUUCGCGACUAAUCUAAUGAAGAGACUUUUGGCGACUCGUGAAAUGAAAACACUUAUUGCUCUUCUCAAAUAGCAGCAAGUGUUACCGUGGGCCCUUCCCACAUGAAAGAGCAGUCACAGACCGCUCCGUCUUGUUGGUGACAUUAAAAAAAUAAUAAAACACAAAAAGAAGCGACAGAAGAAAGUUCAUUUGUAUUUUUUAAAUUCAACUUUUGACAUGAAAAGUACUUUACGCUCUUCUCAAUGAGUAGCCAGUGCUGCUGUGGGACCCUCUACUGUUCAAAAACACUCAGAGGGAGCUCCAUCUGGUUUGUGACAUAAAACAAGUAACAAUAAAGUUCAUUUGUGGUUCUAAAUUAAACUCUGACAUUGUUGCUCUCAACAAGCAGCGAGUCCUGUUGUGGCCCCAUUGAAAAGCACUCAUAGGCGGCUCUGUCUUGUUUGUUGACUUUUUUUUUUUAACCGCAAAAAGAAGAGUCAGAAUAAAGUUCUUUUGUGGUUCAAAAUUCAAAUGACAUGAAAGCACUUAUCGCUCUUCUGAACUAGCAGCGAGUGCUGCGGUGGGCCCCUCCAUCAAAAAGCAUUUUAAGAAAUAUGCCGCAGAAGUUCAUUUGUAGCGUCUUCUUGCGAAUGCAUCAUCCCCCGCAACCCACCACCACAAAUCCUCUGGGAGACACUGUUAUUUAAUGAAUGGUGACUAGUAAUAAUGAAUUAGGUAAAAAAAAAAUGUGUUCAAUUUACUCCGACAAUUGGUCAAGGGCCAAAAUAGUUCAAAUUUGUUCGGUGUAUAUUUAAAAACAGCACAAUGGACCAUAAGGUUCCUCCAUAAAGUGAGCUUAAGUGCUGGACUCACUUGAAGCAAACUUGCUUUUCCUGCUGCACAGCUUUGACAUCCUCCCUUUACAACACGUCUCAGCAUGCCGCCGUCCUGCAUCCCGGACAUUCCCUCGCCUGGGAAUGACACACAUCCCAGUCCAAAGCUAUUGUGGGAAUAUGCUAGAAGUCUUACAUUAUUCUGCAGUGAAUAGGCUGCUGUUUUCUGGUGAAAAGCAGCCAUGUUCCACUUCAUAGUGGCUUCAGCCAGUGGCGUUAUUGUUUGUCACAUUGCAGCUUUGUUACGGGGUGUCAUCCAUACAUUACUGCACUGUACUGUGCUCUGCCGCCUGCGAGUUGUACUGUAUUUAUGGGGAAUCUUGCAUGUCACAAUUUUGCAUACAACAAAUCAAGUUCACUCCAAUUGAGUGAAACCUGCUGCAAGUGUUGACUUGUAUUGAAAUCAGCAUUAAAGUAAAUGCUCAGUUACAUGCAUUAUCACUUGUUUAUGAGGAAAAUAAUGAAGAUAAUCAUUAGUUUAUGUAGAGGUAUGAUGAGGAUGAGGAUAUUCUCCUGUUUUGAUAAAGGAAUACAUAAAGGUGUGACAUACACACAACACAAAGCCGUCCAACAAAAGGGAGUGAAAUUGUUGUUACAGGUUGGGCAGGGGCCAGCAAGGUAAAGGUGAGCUCUGGGUCACGAGCUGGUGCUUCAUUAACUCAUUUUUACAGCUUCACUGGUCUUGUUGCAAAGAGUGAGCGAAACAGUCUACUCUCAGUCGUACCUGUCUUUCAAGAUUUUUUUUAGGUGGUUGAAGACCAAGAGGAGCAGGUUAGCGCUUCAAGCGCUCUAAUUCUUAACCGGGUGCAUGUCCUAGUUGGUUCUAAAGGGAGAUGAGCAGUUUUUGGUACCUUAUCCUCCCAGCUUUGGGAGGGUACACACUCGCCUCGUUGUACCUGCUGAAGAAUCCCCACGUUCUCCACAGGAGGAAACGCACGGCCUUCUACUGCACACACAUCUCCCACAGAGGAGGAUGUGGCGAGAGGAUAGAAAGCACAAUGGAGGCGUUCACUCAUGCAGUGAAGCAGGGAACACAGAUGCUGGAACUGGACUGUCACUUGACACACGAUGGGCAUGUGGUGGUGUCACAUGAUGAGAAUCUACUGAGGCAGACGGGACAUAACGUCACCAUCUCCUCACUUAGACUACAGGAUUUACCUUUGUACAAGGACAGGCUUGAGGUGACUUUUAAUGCAGGUCACUACAGCAGUGGUGCAGACAGGACGUUCGCUUUGCUGGAAGAUUUGUUCAGAAGGUUCCCUGAGAUUCCAAUCAGCAUUGAGAUUAAAGAGAACAACAACCAGCUGAUAGAAGAGGUAUCUGCGCUGGUCCAACGCUACCACAGAGAAGAGAUCACAGUGUGGGCGUCAGCGAACUCAGCAAUCCUGACGAAGUGCCGCAAAACGAAUGGAGCCAUGCCCUACAGCUUCUCCAUAUACCGAGGUGUGCUGCUGCUUCUCCUCUUCUACAGCGGCCUGUUGCCCUUUGUGCCGCUGGGAGAGAGUCUACUGCAGUUCUACCUGCCGCGCAUAUUCAACAGGACGUUUAUUCCCGAGAACAAAUUUCUGAGGAACAGACUGGUCGUCUCUUUAAUAGAAAAAGUAACUAUGAGGAAAAGUCUCUUUAAACAUCUUGCAGCUCGUGGAAUUCAGGUGCAUUUGUUUGUAUGCAAUAAAGACGAAGACAUAAGGGCGGCGUUAGAAGUGGGGGCCACAGGGGUGAUGAGCGACUACCCCUCUCUUUUGUCAAGAUGCCUCUACAGAAACAAACUUCAGUAGUGACCUGUCCGCAGGUGCCCCAAAAAAGCUGCACGAAAACACAAAACUAAGAAAUUCUUCCGAAUUACUUGUCUUUCGUACGUUCAUUUCCAUGCUCGCCACCUACAAUCUUUCAAUGCAACUCAGCAAUACAUUUCAACUGGCAUU